AAUUGAAAAACAAAAGUUGACACAAACAAUAUUAAGAUGAAUGUAAUCAUUCGUUUGCAAAAUUUACCAUGGUCGGCAAAUGCUUUGGAUAUUCGUCAGUUCUUCAAAGGUUUAUCAAUUCCGGAUGGCGGCGUUCACAUAGUCGGCGGAGAAAUGGGUGAUGCUUUCAUUGCAUUCAGCACUGACGAAGACGCCCGACAAGCUAUGAUGCACGACCGUGAAGCUAUAAAUGGUGUCCAAGUUCGCCUUUUACUAUCGUCUAGAGCAGAGAUGCAAAAAGUCAUAGAGACUGCCAGACAGCACUCAAUGCGGGCUUUGCAAAACUCUAACUUAGUGUCUUCUGCUGUGGCUGGACCAAAAGCAGCCCCUAACGUCAUUGCCCCGAAAUUGGCAAUGGCGAACAAGCCACAGCCACCCGUAAUUACAGCUAAUAGUCUACAAAGUAUACUUUCUAAUCCCUUAACAGCAGUUAACCCUUCUUUUCUUGCCUACCAGCAACAAGCCGGUAUAUCUCUAAUACCCGGCGCCGGUCCUUCCAGAAACAUCAUCGACGCUGACGAGGCAUCUGCAAGGAACAGCGACAAUCGAUCGGUAUUCGAAGAUUUCAAAUCGCGUUCACGAUCACGAUCGCGUUCUUCUGAACGUAGUUCUUUCAGCCGACGACGUGAUCGCUGCAAUCGAGAUGAUCAAAAGAGCAGGGACCGAAGCAGAAGUCGCGAUCGGAGUCGUUCGAAUAGUCGAGAUCGCAGUCGGGACAAAAACUACGACCGGUCAUAUGAAAUGUCAAAAAAUCUUCAGAAGAACUGCAAAGGAGGAGCCUACUAUGACAUAGAUAACCACAGUGCGAACUCGAAUUCGCUACCGCCUUGGGGAGCCAAUGGUGUCUAUCCCACUAUGAAUAAUUUUUAUAGCAGAGACAACAUUGCCACCAAUAAAAAAUCCGCUACAGCAAAUAACGAUGUAGAAGAAACAAAUGAAGGGCCAAAUUCCGUGGUGUCGACCAACAACUAUAGCCUAAGUAAUUUCCUGAGUGGCUCCAAUGGCAAUAAAGCGUUUGCCCUACAAAACCCUUACACCGCUGCCAUUAGUACAGAGUCACCAGCUAGUUCCGCAAAUAGUUUGACAACAACUAGUAGUUCAGCUAUUCCAGGUAUUUUUGUAGAGAAAAAAUCGAAUGAAGCCGUGGCCGUAGCAGAAGCAGCGACUCUACCACAGGAGCCUAUUGUCUUUGCCGACACAAAUCCGUAUGAAAAAAUGUACCCCAACCUAUUUGCCCAGGCUGCAGCAAACAGUAUAGUCAGUAGUCAGAAGGUCAUGUCUAAUAGGAACAUGCUAUCGUCUCCAUUAUCCCCUAGAGAAGAUGACAUCAGUACUCGGGAAUCUGAUCCUAGCAAGACGAGAUGUAUUAAAAUUUCAAAUAUGUGUCCCGGAACCACAUACAGCGACAUUCGUAAAUUUUGUGUUGGCUUGUAUAUUCCCCACAAUGGUAUCAAAAUGGUCAAUGACGCACAUGGCCUUCGAAUUGGUGUGGCUUAUGUCGAAUUCUCCAAACACGCGUGUGUAGUUAGAGCUUUGUCGCGGAACAAUCAGCUUCUUCGAAAUAGGUCAGUUGCUAUAGAGGCGGUAUCGGAGGAGGAGUUUGAAUCAAUUACAGACAACUACCACCCGGAUGGGCACAAUCGUGAUAGACAGCAGAAUGGUGGCAGAGGUGACUACAUUUCGGAACCAGUUGUUCGUGAAAUGUCGGUAAAUGCAUUCAAAGGUCAUUCCAGCAUGCAACCAUUUAGCGUUUUAUAUAUUGAAGAUAUACCGGCAUUAACAACGGAACAGGACAUUAUGAAAAUGUUCAGUUCAUACUCCCUUUAUGACAUUCUGUUACUGUCGUCUCCAGAAAAUCGACGUGAAUUCGUGGCACACGUUCGUUUCUCGCGCGAAGAAGAUGCCUUGUCUGCCUACGAGGAUAAGGCUCAUCACCAAAUCGGCUACCGACGUCUCCGAGUAAGACCUGGAUCCGUAGAAGAAAUGGAGCGAGAAAAAGAGAAAAUACGUCUAGCAAACGAACAACUGAUGAAGGAAGAACAGGCAGCAGCCGAGGAAGAAACCCGACGUAGGCAGAAGGAAGAAGCUGCAAAAUCAAAAGAAGUGAUAAGUUUGGAUUUGACGCAAAGUGAUGGAGAGGAUGACACCCGGUCUAACACAGGCGAUAUACAUUCAAAGGACUUCAUUAGGAGAACUAAUAAAUUAAUUGACGAAGUUGUCAGUAAUAAGAAUGAUGAUGAAAGAACCGGAAACAAGUUUGAUAUGUACGGAGCCUACAAUAAUAUCAUGCAGAGUCACAGUGAUGAUGAUUCUCAAAAUUUCAAUAGCAAUAGCUGCAACCAAAGUCCGUUCGAUUUCGAUAAUCCCGUAAACUCGACCCAGGCUGCUCGAAAUAAAGAUCCACGUCUACGAAAGGGUUCGAAUCAUCUUAACUCAUCUUCAACGGCACAAAAAGAUACCGGGAUGAAUGAUGUAUGUGGAUCCCCUAAUUUUAAUAACUUCAAUCCAAACUUCAACGAUCAGCAAAUGUCAAGCCCCUCUCCGAACAGCAUUGAACAAAAUUUCGUAAUACUGAAGAAUUGUCCUUAUGCUACCCGUAUCAAUGACGUUGCUCAACUGUUAUUAACAGCUAAUCUGGCUUUGAAGCACAUAGAACCCUUGUGCAAUGAUAGACAAUUGCCUACCGGCGAAUUUAUUGUCGAGUUUCGUAGAUCACGUGAUGCUGAAAUCGCUGUGAACCGCUUCCAUAAUAUACAAUUUAUGAGUCGAAGUCUACGAGUUUUUCCGAUAACACCACAAGAAAUAGCCAACCGCUUGGGCAAACCAUUUCUCGGAUAUAUCCCCGGUGGCAACGGCAUAAAGAUUUCCGACCUAAAAAGUCUAGCUGCUGCCAUGAAUGUUGGUAAUAGUAUGAACCCUAAUCUAGAAUGGAAUGGGAUGACCAAUAAUAGUAAUAACAGUUUAAACUAUCGAAUCAGUGGGAACAACAGUAGCAGAUUCGAAACGAAUGACAUUAACUAUUCGAACAGCAACAACAAUCGCUUCAACAUGAAUGAGUCCAGCGACAGCAAUGGAUUGCCUGAGCGAUUUUGCCGCCCCGGUUGUGUGUUGGAAUUGGAAAAUGUACCAUAUAAGGCACAGCUGUCCGAUAUUUUGAAUUUCUUUCAUGGAUUCGAACUGAAGUCGGAAGAUAUUAUACGUCGUUUCAAUGACGUAGGUCAACCAACGGGUGAUGCAAGGGUUGCAUUUGACUCACCGGAAUCAGCGCGCAAAGCCUUCGAUGCUCGCAAACGCAAACAAAUAUUCAAUCGUACAGUUUAUAUGAGAAUAUUAAAUUGA